AUGUACAAGAAAACAAAAAUUACUGCUUUCCCUUCAGUAAUGACUAUUUUAUUGGCACUAAACUACCCCAAUGUGUCCAACAACAAGGCUGUGGUUUGGAAAUAUGAUAACAAUGGGAUGAACAUCACACCACAUCCACAUUGGUUACCAAACUUUGUGGAUGUGUUCACUUGA